CGGUUCCAGAGUCGUGACUGGCUGUUUUAUGGCAGCAGGUGUGUGAAAGCCUCCUUCCCUUGUUCAAAGCUCAAAGUCCAGCCUGCAGGCGCAGAUGAUCACACGCCGCUCCAGGAUCUCCCAGACCGCCGUCUGAGGCCUGAGGUCGCAGGGGAACUCUUUGGGAAAGUCCGGGGCCCCCACAUAUGGACGGCACCUGACGCAGCCGCAGUGAACCGGGGAACGCCGCUGUCCGAGCCGCUGGACGCCUCCUUGAGCUCAGUAUCUUCGGUGCUUCCAGCUCAGGCCCCCCCCCCUGCGGCUGCGCCCCCUGCUGGGCGCCAUGGAGCCAGGAGCCAGCCGCCUGCCGCCCCACGUCCUGGGGGAGAACGAGGCGCUGCAGCAGUUCUUUAGCGUUCUGGACAGUUCUGUUGCCGUGGAUACCAGUGUCCUGGAACAGUAUCUUAGCAACGAUGUUGACCCCAGCACUUUCAUGCUCCCUGAGUCUCCUCCAGAUUCAAGUUCUGAGUCCUGCUCGCCUCCACAGUUAGCAGAACUUGGCCGUGAUCACACCUGCUGGACAGCUCAGCGGGAAGUGUUUCCAGCUGCCGCCCAACCUGCAUCCUGUCACUUUAAAAGCCGAGGCUCCGCCCCCUCCAACCCUGAGCUCCUGUCCCGUUCCUCAUCUCUUAGGUUCAGUGACGAAAGCCCCGCCCCCUCCUCUUCUAACCCCAUGACUUAUGCUCAGCUUCACAGCCUGCGCCUCACUGACACUUACAUCAAGUCUGGGACUCCGCCCACCUCACAUCACCAGCACGCACAUCAUUCACCUGAACACUGUUUGACUCCAGGGAGCUGUUCCCAAGGUUACACCCCACCCACACCACCCUCGCCCCCCCAGCCUCCAUUAAACAGUUAUGUCCCACCUUUUACCUGCCAAGGCGUGACCCCAAACAUCCCGCCCCUCCUUCCAGAUGGCGAGCUUGGCUCAUCACAACAAACCUGUCCCACAGCCACUAAAAAAAGGAGGAGGUCAGAGUCGGAAGAGUCACUAACGGCAACGUCCUGCUGUGAAAGCGGCGAUGGGCCUCGUGGUGGCGGUGCAGGAAACGGCGUGCUUGGUCCCGGGACCUGGCAAUUGUUGACCUGGGAACCGUACAUGCUGGGACAGUGGAGCACCUUAAAGGACAGAAACCACCAGAGACUGCCUUGUCCCGCCUACCAUGUCAACACAGACAAAGGCUUCAACUUCUCUCCAUCGGAUGAGGCUUUUGUUUGCCAGAAGAAAAACCACUUCCAGGUCACAGUUCAUAUCGGCAUGGCAGCAGAGCCACAAUAUGUCACAGCGCCAAGCGGCCCACAAGAAGUUGACCACUUCCACAUAAAGGUUUUUGGUGUCAAGCUGGAAACUCCAGGCUACCUGGUGACCAUUGAGCAAUCUCAGCCUGACCGCAGUAAGAAGCCCUUCCACCCUGUGAGGGUCAAUCUACCAGCUGGAAAAAUAACCAAAGUGACUCUCGGCCGACUGCACUUCAGUGAGACAACAGCAAACAACAUGAGGAAGAAAGGCAAACCCAACCCUGAUCAGAGGUAUUUUCAGAUGGUAGUGGGUCUCUAUGCUGUGGUUCGAGAGGAGUCUUUCCUCCUGACAGCUCUGCAGUCAGAAAGGAUCAUCGUCAGGGCCUCCAACCCAGGCCAGUUUGAGGUGGACGGAGAGACCUUGUGGCAGCGGGGGACAGCGCCUGAAGCUGUGGUGUGCCAUGGCCGAGUUGGCAUAAACACAGACUCUCCUGAUGAAGCGCUGGUCGUCUGUGGAAAUGCAAAGGUGAUGGGCGCCAUCAUCCAGCCGUCUGACUGCCGCGCCAAACAGAACAUUCAGGAGGUUGACUCUGAAAAGCAGCUGAAGAGAAUCAACCAGAUGAGAAUUGUGGAAUUUGAUUAUAAACCAGAAUUUGCCUCCAGUGUGGGAAUAGACCACACCCACCAGACAGGUGUGAUAGCGCAGGAGGUGAAGGAGCUGCUACCGUGUGCGGUGAAGGAUGUUGGAGAUGUCGCCUUUUCAGAUGGAGAAACAAUAAACAACUUCCUGAUGGUGGACAAGGAGCAGAUCUUCAUGGAGAAUGUAGGGGCCGUGCAGCAGCUCACUAAGCUCACAGACAACCUGGAGACUCGAAUUGAAGAGUUGGAGGUCUGGAAUCGCCGACUGGCCAAGUUGAAGAGCCUGACAGGCAGCCUUCGCUCCUCUAGGUCUCAGAGACACAACGGUGAGUCCACAACCUCCAGUCCAGACGUGCACAAGACUGGAAAAGUCCGGGACAACAACGGGACUCUCGCGUCCAAACACUGCCUCCGGAACAAAAUCUUCCAGGUCAGCGUCUUCACCCUUCUGACCACCAUGGCCUUUUGCGUCAUCUCUAUCACCACUCUGUACCUUCUGACGGUUGAGAAAGACUCGGACAGCAUCCCCGGCCCGAGUAACAACAGCUUACUGCCUGCUCAGACCACAGCCUGGACCAGCACAGACAAACCCCUGCUGUCUUCUCCGGCCCCCACAGGCCCCCUCAGUCCCUGGCCUCCUGACGUGGACUUCUGCGACCUUCUGUACUGCGAUGAGGUGUACUGCUGUCCUCUGUCAACAGGGGGCAGCAGUGUUUUCAACAAGCCGGAGGAGAAACCUGUGAUGAAAGGUGCUGAAGAAGAAGGAGAGAAUGUGCAGCUAAUAGGUUUCAGAGACUGGACAAACACGACCGUACAUACGUUUAUGAUCAAGGAGAGCCAGCAGGUGAUCGACAGCAGAUACUGCAUGAGAGAUGAGUGCGGGCCUGGCAGAUAUAUCUUCAGAGUUCCCAUCAGCCAGUUUGUUCCGGUCAACAUGAGAAUCACUCUGGUCAUGAACUCUACGGAGCUGCUGGUGGUUCAUCUGUGUGACGUGGACGAGUCCACCACAUGCUCCUCCCUGCUGGACCUUCAGUCAGUGGCUGACAGCAGAUACCCGUCAAACACGCAGGGGGAACAUGAAUGGCCUCUUCAAGUGUCUCGUCUUUAUCAGAGCUCCUAUCACUUCCGCUCCACAGUGGCUGGUCAAGCAGACUGCAAUACUGACCAUCACUAUGCGGGGGCGCUCUUCACUGACUACUUCUUCAACUUUUACAGACGCUGCACAGAUAUUUAAGCAAACAUGGAUCCAUUCAAAUAUCAUCAAGUAUAUCCACAUAUUUUCACUUUUGACACAAAAGACAGUUUUCAACUGUUUAUUUCAAAGCUAUUUGAGUGAAAACUGCAAAAGAAAACAAAAGUCCUACAGGAGAAUUUCACCUUCAGCUGCUGCUUCACAAAGCCAGACAUGAAAUAAAUCCUCAAAACUGAAUUCAGGAAACUUUUCUGUGACGCAUAAUUACUCAAAAAUGCAUUCGAUUAAACAAAAAGAUAAAA